UUGAGUUUACUGAGUCCAGGAAGGCGCCUUGUCGGGGAUAAUCCUUCUGAGGAAACCGGAAGAAAGGCAUCAGUCUCCAAUUGCCUCCAAAAGGCGUGGACGGUCCGGGAGCAAGGGAAUGGCUGCCAAUUUGGAGGUAGAUUUGUCCUGCCCGGUUUGCCUGGAGGUCUACCGAGAGCCGGUGCUGCUGAGGUGCGGCCACAACUUCUGUAAAGGCUGCAUCGAGAGGUGCACCCGGGAGAGUGAGGGGUCUCUGGUCUGUCCCCUCUGCCGAGCGGAGUUCGACCGGGACUCGUUCUACUGCAACCGGCAACUGGCCAACGUGAUAGCCGGAGUGCUGGACCUGCGGGGCAGCAGCGGGGAGGGGCAGGAGGGCAGCCCGCAGUGCCAGGAACACGGCAGAGCCCUGGAGCUCUUCUGCCGGGACGACGGGCGGCUGGUCUGCCUGGUCUGUGCACUCUCCCAGGGCCACAAGGGCCACGACUGCGUGCUGAAAGACCAGGCGUACAAGGAGUGCAAGGAUACACUGGAAUGUGAAAUUGCAUCACUGGAAGAGAUGAUUAAUAACAAUACCACAAUGCAAACGUCACAGGGGCAAGACAUCACAGAACUAUUGGACAUGACAGAAAGGCUAAGAGACGAUAUUGCAGUGAAAUUUGAAACCUUGCAUGAGUUUCUGAAUAUGAAGGAACGUGCAAUCACACAGAACCUCACAGAAAAAGAAGAAUGUAUUCUGAAACAGCUGGAGGGCAAUGUCUUGAUACUUUCAAGAGAGCGUGACAACGUGGAAGCAAUAAUACAAGAUAUGUCAGCCAUGGUAAAUUCAGAAGACAGCAACCAGUUACUGAAGGAAUUUGCCAGUCUUAAGGAAAGGUCUGAAUCAAUUUACAGUUCGGUACUGAACAGACCAGACAUCAAAUUGGAUGAAUUUUAUGGUCCUCUACUCUAUGGAGUGUGGAAACAGAUGAAGAACGUCAUUAAAAUAGUUCCGAGUCCACUUCGGUUUGACCCCAAGACAGCCAAUCCCCGCCUUCGCAUAUCAAAUCUUGGACGUAAACUGAUUUACUGCGAGAUACAAUCAGAGCCGCCAGAAACUCCUGAGAGAUUUACGAACCACCUGAGUGUUAUUGCUUCGACCGGUUUAUCCUCCGGAACUCAUUACUGGGAGGUGAAUGUCAGCGAUGGCUCUGACUGGUUUCUCGGAGUGGCCGCAGCAUCCGUCAACAGGAAGGUGUGCGUUGGAACCAAGCCCGAGAACGGCUAUUGGACCAUCGCCCGUGGAUGUGGGGUAAAUUACUUUGCUUACGGCAAAGAAAGAGUGAUCAUCAAUCCUGACGUUAAUCUAGAAACGGUCGGCGUUCACCUUGAUUACGAGAGGGGGAAGCUAUCGUUCUAUGACGCCGAGGACAUGUCCCAUAUCUAUACGUUCAGUGACACGUUCACAGAGGAACUUUACCCCUAUUUUAGCAUCAAUUGUAAUGAGCAAUCUGUAGCGCCAACGUUAGAACUGUUUCAUCUGGAGCUUGUGGACCCGAGUGGGGCCAGCAGUGUGGACUCCAGUGGGGCCAGCAGUGUGGACACGGGUGGGCCCAGCAGUGUGGACGCGAGUGUGGACCCGAAUGGGCCCAGCAGUGUGGACUCAAGUGGGCCCAGCGGUGUGGACCCGUGUGGGCCCAGCAGUGUGGACACGAGUGGGCCCAGCAGUGUGGACCCGAAUAGGCCCACCAGUGUGGACACGAGUGGGACCAGCAUUGUGGACUCCAGUGGGGCCAGCGGUGUGGACUCGAGUGUGGACCCGAAUGGGCACAGUAGUGUGGACACGAGUGUGGACCCGAAUGGGCACAGCAGUGUGGACACGAGUGGGGCCAGCAGUGUGGACGCAAGUGUGGACCCGAAUGGGCACAGCAGUGUGGACGCGAGUGUGGACCCGAAUGGGCACAGCAGUGUGGACACGGGUGGCAGUGUGGACGCGAGUGUGGACCCGAAUGGGCACAGCAGUGUGGACUCCAGUGGGGCCAGCAGUGUGGACACGAGUGGGGCCAGCAGUGUGGACACGGGUGGGGCCAGCAGUGUGGACGCGAGUGUGGACCCGAAUGGGCCCAGCAGUGUGGACGCAAGUGUGGACCCGAAUGGGCCCAGCAGUGUGGACACGAGUGGGGCCAGCAGUGUGGACACGGGUGGGGCCAGCAGUGUGGACACGGGUGGGGCCAGCAGUGUGGACGCGAGUGUGGACCCGAAUGGGCCCAGCAGUGUGGACGCAAGUGUGGACACGAGUGGGCCCAGCAGUGUGGACGCAAGUGUGGACCUGAAUGGGCCCAGCAGUGUGGACGCGAGUGUGGACCCGAAUAGGCCCAGCAGUGUGGACACGAGUGGGACCAGCAUUGUGGACUCCAGUGGGGCCAGCAGUGUCGACACGAGUGGGGCCAGCAGUGUGGACGUGAGUGGGGCCAGCAGUGUGGACACGGGUGGGCCCAGCAGUGUGGACGCGAGUGUGGACCCGAAUGGGCCCAGCAGUGUGGAUGCGAGUGUGGACCCGAAUGGGCCCAGCAGUGUGGACACGAGUGUGAACCCGAGUGGGGCCAGCAGUGUGGACUCAAGUGGGCCCAGCAGUGUGGACACGAGUGGGGCCAGCAGUGUGGACCCGAGAGCCGAGUCCCUGACACUGCCCUCCAUCGCCCAGGGCAGCCGCCAGAGAGCGGACAGUGCCCACGAUGUUGGCCAUCCGUCUGUCCGGUCUGAGUGCCCUCCCCGGCAGCCGGCGUCGGCAUUCAGGGCAGGAAGGGUGCCCGACCUUCCAGAAGACCACAAUGCAGCCCCUGCAGAAAACGUGCCCACAAUCCAGGGAGACCGGCUCUUCAAAAUAUUCCAGGCAGAUGGAGCAGGAAACGUCUUUUCUCAAGUCUUCCAGAGGCGGGUUCCUCACACACACCCCCCCCCCCACCCUCACUCCAACCCCGCAGUGACUUCCUGGUCUGCUGUGAAACUGAAAGUUGCGAUGGCGUCCUCACAAGUGCUGGAGAGUAUGAGGGGCGAGGCGGUCUGCUCGAUCUGCCUGGACUUCUACCAGGACCCGGUGACCAUCGACUGCGGCCACAACUUCUGCCGGGAGUGCAUCCAGGGCUACUGGGCGCCGGUGCGGGGCAAGGUGGCGUGCCCGGAGUGCCGCAGCCAGUUCGCCCAGAGGAACCUCCGGCCCAACUACUUCGUCUCCAACAUGGUGGAGGGGGUGAGGAUGCUGAGCCUGGGCCACGGGGAGCCGGCCUCCCGGUGCCCCGAGCACGACGAGAGCCUCAAGAUGUUCUGCCGGGCGGAGCAGCGGCCGAUCUGCGUGGUGUGCUCGGUCUCCCGGGAACACCAGGGCCACCCCGUCUGCCCCAUCGCCGAGGCGGCGGAACUCUACAAGGGCAUGCUGCAGAAAAAACUGGAUUCGCUGCAGAAGCAGCUGGCAGAGAUCAGCACGAGCCAGAAGGCGGAAGAGGCUAAUAUAAACACCGUGAAGCAGCAGGCUGGCAAUCUGCAGAACAACAUUGCGGCGAAGUUUGACCAGCUGCACCAGUUACUGCACCAGCAGGAGCAGAGCCUUCGGACAAAGCUGCAGCAAAAGGAGGCGGACACCCUGCAGAAGCUGGAACAGAACCUGGACAAGAUCUCCGAACAGCGGCUCGCUGUCGAACGGACGGUGGAAGAAAUACAGAAGAGGCUGACUCUGCAGGAGGCUGACUUCCUGAAGGAUGUCAUUGAUGUUCUCGACAGGCCUGCCAUGCUGUCUGAGAAGCCUACGAAAGUGCCAGCUGAUCUCGGCUUUGGUGAAUUUUCAGGCCCCCUGCAGUACAUGGCUUGGAAGCAGAUUGUGAAGCUGAUUAAUCCAGUUCCAGCCGCUCUGCAUCUGGACCCGAGCACAGCGCACCCCCGGCUGGUGGUGUCAGACGGCAAGACCAGCGUGAUGUUCGGCGACAGCAAGCAGCAGGUCCCUGACCAGCCCACGAGGUUCACGAACUGGCACAUCGUGCUGGCGCGUGAGGGUUUCAAAUCGGGCCAGCACUACUGGGAGGUGGAGGUGGGCAACAACAGCACCUGGGCGGUGGGGCUGGCGAGAGGGUCCGUGCCACGCAAGAAGGAUUUCUCGCCGGAGCCGAGUGCCGGUGUCUGGGCCUUGUGGCGGCUGAAGGACGAGUACACCACCCUGGCCAUGCCUCGGACCGCCCUUCCCGUCCGCCCUGGCCUUCGGACCCUGGGAGUCUACCUCGACUAUGAAGCGGGUCAGGUGUCACUGUACGACGCGGUCAACCUGUCUCAUCUCUGCACCUUCACCGAUAAAUUCACUGAGAAAGUCCACCCCUUAUUCCUAACAGGCUGUGCCCUUGACCCGUUGAAACUCGUCCGCUUUCAGAUAUAAAACGCAAGAUCUCGGUGUGAGACAAGGCCAUUCAGCCCAUUGAGUCUCUGCCAUCCAUUGCUGAUCUCAUCAUCCUCAACUCCAUUUCACUGCCUCGUCCCCAUUCCAUCACUGAUUAAAACUCUCGCUAACUCAGCGUUGAAUAGACAUCAUCAUCGGGUCUCCUCAAUUUCAGCUAUCUGAAGUCUCGUUAACUGUUCCAUUUCAAAGAAUAUUUCAUUAAUGGCAAAGCAGGGACCGUAUUCGUGAGAAUUGCUAAUUUUUCAUUCACAGGAAUAAAAAUGUACUCCAUUAUUCCUUCAGAUAUUUUGAGCUAAACCUCUAGAGGUCCAUCCCAAAGUCUCACUCACCUUUCUGCCACCUACCCCACCUUCAAAAUGCUCCUGAAAAGCCACAGGGUUUGGUUAAGGAACCAUUAAUGGAUCUUGACCUUCUCUGUCAAUCUGAACAGUAAGUGAUUACCACGUUUCAGAAAUCAGUGAUUGUCAUCGGAAUGGAACUGUUCAUCUUCCUGAAAUUAUCGCACAUCAUUUUUGAAGUGGUGUGGUGAACUGAAGAGUUGUGAUGCAUUUAAUAUUUCUGGCCUUGGCAACCAUAAAUAUAGUUAUAAUUAUCAAGAUCAUAAGGAGUCCAGACAUGAUUUUAAUCAAUGCCCUGUACACAACCUUCAACAUUCACUCCCUUCACCAAUGACGUUCAGUGGCAGCAGUGUGUACCAUCUACAAGAUGCACUACAGAAAUUCAACUAAGAUCCUUAGACAGCACCUUGUAAACCACGACCACAGGACAAGGGCAGCUGCUAUAUGGGAACACUGUUGCCUGCAAGUUCCCCUCCAAGCCCGUUACCAUCCUGACAUGGAAAUAUAUCGCAGUUCCUCCAAAGCCACUGGUCAAAAUCUUGGAAUUCCCUCCCCAAGGACAUGGGCUUCAUCAGUUCAAGAAGGCAGCUCGCCACUGCUUUUUCAAGGGCAACUGGGAAAGACUGGCCCAGCCAGUGACACUCACAGCCUAAGAACAAAAGACAUAAGGUAAAUAAAGCAACUUUCAUGUCCUUUGAUAUCUAAUGGACAAAGAAAUGUGAGAUGGUGGAACAUUUAGUUAAUGCUGUUUUAUCCUUUGACUUUCAUCUCACUGGACGACACACUGAUUCAAAUGUUGUGACUCUGGUGGAGGAGUGGAUCGAUAACCAACUCCCUGACGGAUGAUUUGCAAAUGAGCUUUCAGGUUUGAAUGGGAAAUGGUGAGGAACCAGUGUUACAACUUUAUCAGGCUUCACAAGUAGUUCGAGAGGGAAAGAGAGAGCUGUUGUUUUGCUUUAGUGAUUUUCUCUUAUUGACUCAGCGAGCUGCUUCCUGCUGUCGGUUUAUUUAACAACUCACAGCUCGGAUCGAUAGGAACAUGCAGAAACUUCAAGACAGAGACUGUUGCUAGGCAGUGAACAGCUCAUCCAUGACUUCCGCAUAUCUGCUUGUCCUGCAAUCAAACAAUAAAAUCCAUCUCUUAGUGCUUCUUAAAAGUUUUCCUUAGAUUCUUUGUCUGAAAAUUGCUCGCUUUCCAAGUGAACAGCAGAUAUUCUACGCUUGUAUAUUCACCCCUUGUUUUCAAGAAAUGACAUGAUAAAAUGUCUUCUCCAAAGAAAUAUUCCAUGUUCCUGUUUGUCAUAGCCCAUUACCAUAUAUGUAUCCUCAACAGUAACAUUGCCAGAAUAUUUACAUAACAAUCAAAAUAUUUGUUAAUAUUUUGAAUGAAUGGAAUUUGUGAACAGUCGGAUGAUGAUGGGACAAAAUACAAGGAGAAACACACUGAAGUAAUUGGACUGCUCCAUCCUUGGGCAGUGAUAUCAGUAUUCUGGUGGAAUCAGGUUAAAACUGACCAGGUUCCUGUGCUGAUUAAGGAAAACAAAAAUUUUGUUUUAAUUCUUAAUAUUUAAAUUAUAAUCACAAGGAAGUAGCUGUGAACAACAACGUGGCUCUGUUCAUUAAAACAAUGUUCCUUUUUCUAACCUCUACAUACACAUAAGGAUGCCCAUGUGCAAGCACACGCACAUGCGCGCGCGCACACACAGUCAAAAAAAAACACAGUUGUUGUGUGGAUGGAGCAAAAUAAACUGAGGAACACAAUUCAAUCGCACCAGUCCACAAAUGUAAUGUCUAAUUGGGUUUGUAUUACUCAAAUACAUCAAUACUUAUUCAUGCUAAGUGUUGGGACAAAUCUGGUUACCUUUUCUGUCCCUGUUUCUUACAAAAUACUUGAGAUUUGAUGGACAAUUAAUUAAUCUGUUAAUAUUGACAGGUCACAUUUAUCAGUACAUGCAAUUCAACUUGAAAUGUUUUGUUUGGGUUUUUUCGUUCGUUCAAUUCAUUUGCUUCUGUAAUUGUUUUUCUUACUUGACAAUUCCAGGUUACUAAUUUAGUUAUCAAUUUAAAAUAUGUAUUUCAAUGUAUACAUUUCAACAUCUUUG